GAGGGAGCUUAUAUGAAGCCGCAGCACGCCCCAUGAGAUUCGCAGUCACGGCAACAAGUGGACUGUCUUUCCUAUUGCCAAGAAUAUUCACACCAGAACAUUACCCACGCCGUGUUCGAAUCUUUAUUCAGUCUUCAUCAUUGUCGUUAGAGUUAAAGCACCGACGACUUACCCUAUUACAGGCUCCUUACUUAUCCUAAGCUCCUAAACCCUGGCUGGGAACAUACUGCACAAUUUACCUUCCCAACCCCUGCCCACCAAGCAACAGCAACGUCACUGCCAACAGCCUGAUACUCUGUCCAACUGUGGAUCUAUCUCGCUAUUGGUCGCCAGGUUACAUCUGCACUGUACCUUCGAUCAAGAUGGAUAUCAAAGAGUCCGGUGGGGACACCGUCUUACUCGCGCAGCCAGCUACGGCCUUGCCUAUGUUGACACGCAAGGCAAAGGCCAAAAAGGCCACCAACCUGCCAGACGCAAAGCCAGGGGCAUGCUCCGAGGAAAGAAUCAGCAAUAUUUCACCUCGGAGUACCUCUUGCCCCGGCUCUUUCAUCGACCUCAACCCGGAUAAUCUGCCUAUGGCUCCUCAUAAUCCCUCACGCAAGGAGCGGAGUACACCAUAGCAGCAACUUC